UGUGCGCACGAUCACCGUUGCGCACACGCUGACAGUCAGUCGCCGCGAUAUCUCAACUUCGAACACUUGAGAAUCAAGCAUUCUUAAAAAACAAUUCAAAAACAUGUGUAAAAAUUAAAUUCAUAAAUCGAAUUUUAUAUGUUUUACUUUUUUUAUGUGACAGUGUUUUUAUUUCGAACUAUGGGUGUGUUUGAAUGUGUGGUGGCCAGUAAAAUGAAUCCUACUGAAAGCACGGAGGUUUUUACUAUAAAUAUGGCUUCGAACGAAACUUUGAAUGAACCUGUGCGACUGAGAAGAGAUGUGGAGUCCCAGUCUACGAAAACCAAUUUCUGGAACAGACAUGGCUUGUGGUGGACCAUGGGCAUUGAUCUGCCUCUCCUUCUGAUAUUACUUGCCCUGGUGGGACUAUUCGAGAUGGGGGUGAUCCCGAACCAUAAGGCUGGCUUCUACUGCAAUGACCCUGCUUUGAGCUUUCCCUUCAAUGGAGACACUGUCACCUCACAAGUGCUGGUUUCUACUCUGCUGAUAAUGCCUAUUGUAAUUGUUGCUAUAACGGAGUACAUAUUCCUAGCAGCAGAUUUCUCUCAGUCGAGAAUUCUCCAGACUUGCAAGAAUACGUUCUAUCUAUACAGAACUUAUGUCUACGGUCUUCUCAUCAACUUGUGCGUUGUUGAGGUCAUGAAGGGUCUUGUCGGCAAUCCUAGACCCACCUUCUUCGAUCUAUGCGAGCCUGAUGCUGCCAAGACUUGCAAAGGAUCUGAGUUCGUGGCGGACUUCAAGUGCACAUCCCAACGGUUCUCGAGCUGGUACCAGAUGGACUCUUACCGCAGCUUCCCUUCAGGACACACUUCCAUGUCUGUUUACUGUGGACUCUUUAUUGCGUGGUACCUCCAACGCCGCGCCUUCAACUGGCGUCACCGCACCAUCUUCCUGGUUCCUGUGCUGCAACUCCUCUGCCUCACCUAUGCUGCUGUCUGCUCGCUCACCAGGAUAACAGACCACAGACACCACUGGUGGGAUGUGUUGGUGGGCGCCAUUAUCGGUGUUGCUAGUGUUUAUUAUGCUGUCAUAAUUAGCUCAAAUUUCACUUACUACCACUCAAGAGCCAGCGAUGCAAAGUCAGAAGAAAGCAGACGGACCAUGAGGACUUUGAUAUACGACGAGCAACGCCCGGUGACAGUGCCUUAGUGUUGUGAACAUUGCCUUAGGACUCGAUAACAAAUUGUAGAAGAAAAAACAUAGGAAAAUAGUACUUAAAGUGGAAGCAGUGGUAGGUCUAUUAGACCAGAAAUAAUAGAAUUUAGCCAUGUAACUCCUUAGAAAUAUUAUUAUUUGAUUUUGACGUGGAUUUGCAAAGAGUUUGCGAAUAAAGGGACCAAGUUUUUGAUUUUCUGGGACUCGAAUUAUUUAUAAAGAAAAUUAUAACGUCACAUUUUUUUCUGUUUUUUGGAGUGGUAUCUUAUAAAGUCAUGAAUAUCGUAAUUUUGCGACUUUUGUAAAAUAUCGUUAUUCUUGAUUUUGUUGCUGGUAUUACUCAAAUAUUCCAUAACUAAAGAAAACUAAAAAAUAAAAGGAAGCACUGAAAAUGUUAACAAAAUGCAACUUAUUACCCGCCAUAUUAUAGUUUAGACUUAUGCCCGGUUUACACUUUGUUAAGUUAACAGUGCAGGUGAUUAGUGCAGGUGUUUAGUAAUCAAGGUGUGAACGGAAGCGUAAAGUGAUUAGUGUUAAGUGAUACGUGCGAUUAGUACUUAUUGAUUAGUGCGAGUGAAUAGAAUCAAGGUCUAUUUUUGUUGUUAAGUGACUACCCCCUCUCAACUUUUCUACUACCCUCUCUCGCAAUUUGCCUGUACUAAUCAGUGUGUAAAUACGUGUGUGUUAAGUGCGCAGUGUCAAGUUCAAAGCGAAAAUGAAGUGGACGGAACAACAUACUUUAAAAUUCGUACAAGAAUACAUAAAGUUUGAAUGCCUAUACAAUGUUAAGUGCGCAGAACUUAAAAACAAACAGUUGAGAGAUGCGGCCCUAUUGAAACUGAGUGAAGCGAUGGGAAUUCCCGAUUUCAAAAUUGAGUUCAUUUUCUAUAUCAGAUACCACAACAGAUACAAUCUCCUUAAUUAUUUGUCUCAAUAUUAGGCUCUGUUCAUCUUCCAUUUCUAGAGACACUAUGCACAACGCACAGUACCACUAUGAGCUUCUUCCUAAACACUGUGUAAACGGAGAUGGAAAAGACUACUUAACACUUGAGACUUAUCGCGUAAAGUUAACGCUUAACACUUAUCACUUCACACUUCGCAAAGUGUAAACCGGCCUUAAAGUUCAGUCACGCGAACUUAAAGUUAAGUUUAUGUUAAGUAAAAACAUUUUAUGUCAAACCCACAACUAUCAUGUAAAUACUAUUGUAGAAAUAAGUUAUUUAUUAAGCACCAUGCGACAGGCAUACAAUUUUCUGUCAGAAUGGAUUGUGUAUGCAAUGCAAGAAAUAUAAAUUACCUUACCUAUACAGAAAAUAGCUGUCUGAUUUCUCGCAAAAUUUCUAUCUAACUUUCAGAUUGUUAAGGUAUUAUGUAUAUUGAUACUUGUAAUUUAUUUAUUAUGUAAUUCAUAAGAGUUUUUUCUGCUAUGGAUAUAUUAUGUAAGUACCUAUAUAAAUCAUCUUACCAAGCUAGGAACUCGAAAAAUUCGAUAUAAAAAUUGGUUUUACUUAUUUUUCUACAAUAUCCAAGUUUCAUAAUACAUAGUGUUUUUAUAGUGACUAUGAAAUGACAAUGCAUUAUUAUGAUUAAGUAUACCUUUGUAGUAUUAAGUAGCUGUACCUAUUUAUGUUAUCUAGGUACAUUUAUUAUAGUUUUAUUUAAAAAUAGUUAGAUAGGUAUCAGUAUUAGUAGAAAAUUAAAAGACAGUGAAUUCGAUGAAUUCGUGUUUAGUAGAAAAAUUACUUUCGUCAUAAAACGAAUAAUACUGAGC